CACAUCCGUCCCUCAAUCCAACCGAUAUCACACGACCGCUCGAGCCGAUACUGCCUUGGAGGUCUCGUAAUACCAGCAUACCCGACUCUGCACCACAGCCAGCGUGAGCCAAAGCCCAAUUGAGCCGCGAAAAGGAGCAGGAAAGGGCCACUAGGCACUCACCAUCAUGGCCGACCGCUUCCCUUCUCUUGACGACUUUGAUGCCGGCCAAACUACAGUACAAGGCCAAGGCGCAUCGAGCGCAGCCGAAGAACCCUCCGACUUUCUCGCUCGCGAGCGUGCAUUGCUGGGAGAUGACGCGGCUCAGUUCACCUCUUCCGCCGACAACAACGCCGCAACAGUAGCAGACGCCGAAUCAGAUGACGAUGACGACCUGCUCGGCGGCGGCGCCGGUGGAUCCUCACAACCCGUCGCGGCCGACACCAAUGGUGACAUGAUGGGCGACUUUGAGACCAGCUUCCCGGAAGUAGACACAGCCAACGAAGCGGUCGCACCAGGCGGAGGCACAAUCACCGGCUCCACCAUCCCCUACCGCGCUCCCGACUCUGCCGUCUAUGCGGACGAAGAAGAACCGGAAGUGCUGCGCACAUGGCGCGCCAACCGCGACCAACAAGUGCAACACCGUGACGAAGUCUCGGCGUCGAAGAAAGCGGAGACGGUGAAAGCGGCGCAGGAGGCAAUCGACGAGUUCUACGAGAAUUACAACAACCGGAAGGACAAGCAGAUUGCGCAGACGAGGAAGGAGGCGGAAGAGUUCCUGACGCAGAGAGAAGAUACGACGAGUGGCGGGACGAGCUGGGAGAGAAUCGCCAAGCUGGUCGAUCUGAGUGGUAAGGGAGCCAGUGGUGGUGCACAGGGAACCGUGAAGGGCAGGAUGCGGGAGGUGUUGGUCAGCUUGAGGAAGGACGAGAACGCCCCUGGUGCGAGUGGAUAUUAGACGGGAACGCGGUAAUCUCUAAGACUGGCCUUCCGCGCGGAGAUAGGAUUCCGCAGUCUCCUUUCAGACAAAAGAAAAGGCUUCGUUCCCCUGACUUGGAGGGAGGAUGCAAUGCAUUGCAGUAUGGAGUUGGGUGAAUGAGUAGACAGCUGGUUUACGCUUCUGGCGACAUCCAUCUUUAUUCGUCAAUGACCAGUCGAUAGAUUACCAUAUGUUCACUGCUCACCUA